GGUAUUUGGAGUGAGACCCAACCGUCCUUCCUUCUCCCUUCAUUUAUCUUUUCUUUUUUUCCCCUUUUCCUCUCUAACCAUACCUCGCCCUUUCACUCAACGAUCCGUCAGGCCACUGAAAAGCCAUGUCGUCGUCGGUUACUUCUCCCUCGCCGCCUCCGUCCUCCCCAUGGUACGAAUCGGCCUUGAUUGUGUCGUCAUCUGCUUCAGACUCACCUGCGCCGCCAUCGUCUGCAUCUGGGUGGCCUUUUCCGUCCUCGUCGUCUCAAACGGUCUCGCCUGUUCGUCAUCGUCUCCAACGGUCUCACCUGCUCGUCAUCGUCAACUUCAGCAUCGGUUGUGCCAUUAUCUAUAUCGGCAUGGCCUUCGCCGUCGUCACCUGCAUCAUUGUCGUAUGGGUUUAGAAUUUCAGAUCUGGCUCUUUCUUGCCUACUCUUUGUUAGAUCCAGAUUAGUAGUGAUUUUCAAGACUAUUAGUAUUCAAAGAUAGUAGUAUUGUGUUCUUCAGUGGUGUUUCAGAUAUUGGUGCAUAGUGAUUGUGAAUGUAAGUACUGAUUAGGGAUGGCAAUUUUGCUCAUACCCAUGGGUUUCUUACUAUCCAACCCAAUUGGGUUGGGUAUGAAAUCCAAAUAGAUGGAUAUGGGUAGAGUUUGAUAGGUUUGUACCCAUACCCAUUUACUUUGGGUUGAGUUGGGUUUAUAUCAAAUGGAUUUGGGUUUGUGCCCAUGCCCAAAUACAAAUUACAGUUUGGUACCCAAACUUAAUAGACAAGCAUAUUUAGUACCUAAAUUUAUUUUUUUUUGCAUAUGAGUCCUCAAAAUAUCGAUGGAAAAUUACGUUUUGGUACCUAAAUUUUUUGGUCUUACAUUUUGGUACCUAAACUUUUCAAGUUUUGCAAAUAUGUCCAAUUUUUGUAUGUGUAGUUAAAACACCCUCAAGUAAAUGGAUAUCCAUAUCCAACCCAUACCCAUUUAGAUUAUGGAUGCCCCAAACCCAAACCCAUCUAUAAACCCCCCAAAUCCAUAUGCACUUCACCCAUACCCAACCCAUUAUCAAUGGGUCUACUUGGGUUUGGGUAUAAUUACCCAUGGGUGGGUAAUUUGCCAUCCCUAGUACUGAUUCAUGAUUGUGUGCGGAGCUGUAGUAGUGUUUUUAAUUUCAGUAGUGAUUUUUAGUUCCCUUUAGUAGUGUUUUUAAUUUUAGUAGUGAAAGUUAGGAGGUCUGGUUAGUAGUGAUUUCAGUUCUACGCUGUAAUAGUUCUGUUACUUGUUAUGUAUGUUUAGUAGUGAUUAUCAGUUUUGGAAAAAUAAUAUUUGUAGUCAUUUUGUAUCAAAUUGUUGUGGUAUUAGUUUUCCAAUAGUAGUAGCCUUUUGUAUUAAAAUCCAAAAAAAAUUGAAAACAUGGCACUCCCCCAGAAUUCGCCCGCUAAUCCUCAAAAUCCGCCGGCUUCCGCUAUAAACAUAUUUAAAUUUG